UAAUAGUUGUUCAGUUAAAAGUGCAUCAACAAAGAAGUGGGAAUUUGAAAUUUUUGAUAAUGAUCUGAUUCGUUCCUUUGAAAUCAAACAACCCUGGCAGAUCAUGAACAUCAUAAUAUAUACAUAGUAUACACAAUAAGGAGAGAUUUUUGAAUAUUCCAACUGGGGCGCCAGCUGUUUCUCUAUGGUUUUAAAUUUCCGAAAUAUGAAAAUUGAAUCGGAGAAGAGUUUUCAACGUUUUGAAAGGUGAUAAGCUAACAUUCCAUCCACCUAAUAACAGAUUUCGUCGACAAUACAAUGGAAAAAGAAGGCUAUGGAUGGAAAGGGACAUUUUUUCAAUUCGUCGCAGCCAUAACAGCAAACUUGCUCGCUAUAACGGAUGGAAUGACCAUAGGAUGGACGGCACCGAUGAUCCCAUACUUCAUGAGCGAGAAAACACAUAUCAAAAUGACGAGAUCCCAAGCUGAUUGGUUGGAAAACUUCCCUUUAAUUGGAUCCAUUGUCGGACUACCCUUCACCAUGCAUUUAGUGGACAAAAUCGGUAGAAGAAAGUCUCUGAUGUUUUCCGCUUUUGUCAUGACACUAUGUUGGAUCGUCAUCGCGGUUGCAGAUAGAGUGGAAUACUUGUAUGUAGCGAGGGCUGUCAAAGGCUUCGGCCUGAAUAUUGCCUAUGUUGCAGCGCCCAUGUAUGUGGGAGAGAUAUCGCACAAGAAAAUCAGAGGAUUUCUCUCCAGUUCGAUAUUUGUUCUGAUGUUGGUAGGCAUACUUAUUAUAUACAGCGUAGGCUCCUUCGUAGCAUUUUUUGUGCCUUCUGUGAUAGCUGGAAGCUUGUUACUGAGUGAACUGGUGAUCUUCUUCGUCUUGCCAGAAUCACCAUAUUAUCUAUUGAUGAGGAACCAAACUGAUGAUGCUAGGAAAUCGUUGCACAGAUUCCGAAAUAAUCCAGCCACAGUGGAACAGGAGCUGAAAGAAAUGAAAGACUCAAUAGAGAAAGACCAGAAGGAAGAAAAAUCAUCACUCUGGGAUAUUUUCCUAGUGCAGAGUUACCGCAAACCUUUAAUCAUUAUAUUUGUUCUCAACUCUGCUCAACUCUUAAGCGGAUUCGAUGUUAUUUUGAUGAAUAUGCACGAGAUUCUAGAGAGCGCCGGAACGAACUAUGUAGAUCCUUCCUUCACCGCUAUUAUUUUCUCUGCCUUUAUGUUAGUAGCUUCGACUGUGGCUUCUUUAACAAUUGAUAAAUUUGGGCGCAAAGUACUGCUGAUAGUUUCCAGCCUCCUUACUGGGGUAUGUCUAUUGAUUUUGGCAUCAUACCUCAACAUGAAGCAUUCUGGAUACAACGUGGAGUCGGUUAGUUGGAUUCCUAUAGUUACAGUGAUGGCAUAUGCAGCUAGUUUCAAAUCUGGGGUCGGACUGGUGCCUAUAGUAUUGACAGCUGAGAUAUUCUCUGCUAAAAUUAAAGCUGCGAGUAUGUGCCUUGCCGAUGCAGUGUACGUCGGUUCUUCUAUGGUAGCUCUGCAAUUGUACUUCGUCCUGAAGGAGUAUUCAGGAAUGCAUGUUCCCUUUUACGUAUUUUGCUGUUUUACAUUUUUGAAUUCACUUUUCGUCUGGUUUUUUGUUCCUGAAACUAAGGGUAAAAGUCUUGACGAAAUUCAGAAUAUAUUUGGAAAUGAAGUGCCUGAGAAUCCAGAGGAAACUGUUGAACUAGUGAGUGCGAAGAUUCUGUGAAGAAUGAUAAUGUUUUAGACGUUAUUCACGAGCCUAGUCGGGCUCCGAAUAUUACCUUAAAUUUUUUAAGACAGUUUGCAAAAAUUAUGCACUUGUAAGUCCAACUUAAGAGUACAACAACUCAUUAUGUUUUUUAUAGAACGGUCACUUUGACAGAGCUCGGGACAGAGUAUCAUAGCGACUAGGCGAGUCGUCAUCUCAGUAAUAUUUUUCUCGUUCCUUGAUAAUUUAUUAUUUAUUCGCCAAUCACCAAUACAAUUUUAAAUUUGAAUAACAGUAGAUAAUUGCUGGUCAAUAACCUAAUUUCCAUUCAACUUUCAUUAGAACAAGUUGGAGCAACAUGCAUGUUUUGUUCGAUAAUAUACUCAGAGUUAUAUUCAUAAAUUCAAUUCAAACGGAACUCCUAUGGCUAAAACAAUGUGGGUAUGCUUAGCUCUUUAAUCUAAUCCUGGGAUCAAUAUUUUUCAAUUUAUACCCGUAAAUAGUCGGUAAUUUUUUUUAUUUUCAAUUCAACGAGAAAAAUGUUGAUGAAUAAAGCUGUUUGAAAUCAAAUAUUCUACAAUUCUGGUCGUUUUCAAUUUUUUCGUAGGAUUGAUAUUCUUCGAUUGGUACCCAAGGAAAAGAGGAGGUAAAAUCAUAUCAUUGGAAAAUCGCGUUUACUUUCAAUUUUACGAGAAAAAUUGUGAUGAACAAUGUUGUUCAAAAUCAAAUUUUCCCAAGUUAUAGGACACUUAAAUUUUGAUAAACUCUCGUAGUAACUAUUUUUCGUGUGAAAUUGAAAAUAAACGAGUAAUUCAAUAAACAAAAAUCAACCGUUAAAUUCAAGUCACCCCCUAUAAAAUUCUGAAAGAAAAUUGCCAGUAAAAAUUUAAACGUUGUCAAAUCCUAAUAAGACUGGACUAUUUUUCUUUCUUGUAAUUCAAUGUUCAGGUGAAAGUAGUUUGUUUGUAUCUGAAAGAAAAAUCUGUGCAUAAUCUACACUUCAUUGUGAAAAAAAAUCUGUUUUUUCAAUAACCAGCUUUCGCUCCCCUACUAACAACAACUCUCAGAAGUCAAAACUGGAGUUCAUUCUGAACCUAAAUCAGAAAUAUUACUGGAGUUUUUUCCCAACACCAAAUCGUUAUUUUUAACACUUCGACACGUGUUUCGAUCACCAAGU